CAGACAGUCCGGGAGGCCGCGGCGCCUCCUGUCCAGUCUGCCGAGGACAUUUGGACGAUCCGCCCACCGGCACCGGAGCGACAUGCUCGGCCUGCACCUCGCCGUCUGCCUCGCGGCCGUGCUCGCCUCCACGGCGCAAGGCCCCGAGACGUACGACCCUUCCUGGUCGAGUCGGCUGGAGGGCUACGGCCAGACGUGGAUGUACUUCCCCGACGGCCGCGGCGUCCCCCGCGUGGCGCUGCUCGCCUCGGACGAGAGGUCCACCCCCAGCAUCCCCUCCGAGGUCGGCCCGGACGACGUCUCCUUUUACCUGUACACCAGGCGUCAGGAGCUGUCGGAGAUUAUUGACGUGGACGAUCCCAACUCCUUAUGGCAGUCUUCCUUCGACCCCAAGCGGCCCACCCGGAUCGUCACCCACGGCUGGAGGUCGUCAUCCGACGCCGACGUCGUCCAGAUCAUCAAAAGCGCCUACCUGGAGAUGGAGGACUGCAACGUGAUCGGGGUUGACUGGUCGCCCCUCGCCAGCAGCAAAUUCUACCCCUGGGCCAAGUCCUACACCAACCCCGUAGGCAGGCGGGUGUCCGAGCUCGUCAAGAUGAUGGUCGGCGAGGAGAAGUGGGGCGCGGACGGCGACAGGAGGAGGAAGAAGAAGAAGGCCGUGGGGACGGACAAGGGCCGCGCCAAGCUCAAGGACAUCCACCUGCUGGGCCACAGCCUGGGCGCGCACCUCAUGGGCUACGCCGGCCAGCACCUGCGGCCCCACAAGGUGUCCAGGAUCACAGGCAUGGACCCCGCCAUGCCGCUGUUCGAGAUCCUGCCCAGCUCCGACGGCCACCUGGACUCGUCGGACGCCGAGUUCGUGGACGUGAUCCACACGUGCGCGGGGGCGCUCGGCUUCCUGGACAACAUCGGCCACGCGGACUUCUACCCCAACGGCGGGACGCCCGUGCAGCCGGGCUGCUGCUGCGCCGCCGAGUUCGCUGAGGCCUGCAGCCACGGCCGCUCCUACCAGUUCUUCGCCGAGUCCAUCCGGUCCAAGGACUUCGUCGGGCUGGCAUGCGACUCCUGGGAGGGCUUCCAAAACGGUUCCUGCGCGGGCGGGCCGACGGCCGUCAUGGGGGAGCACACGUCGCCCGGGACCCGCGGGGUGUUCUACCUCAACACGAUGCGGUCGGCGCCGUUCGCCCUCGGGGAGCGGGGCGCGCGAUCGGCCAGCUCGGCCUUCCACGACGACUACGACUACUGACUGCCAGUCCACUCCGUCAUUACAAUCAAAAGUCUCUGCCUCCCAAAAACUUCGACUAUAUUUUUUUAAAAAACAUAUUCUUCCUCCUCAUCAACUUGCGGGGCAGACGAUUUUUGAUACCAUC